AUGGAUGCGAAGGAUGUCCUGGGUUUGCCCAAAAACUCAUUUCCACCUCUCGAGAAGAAGUCUCGACCUCCCAAAGAGUCUCAAAGAAAACCAGAUGGCAUUUCACGCGAGGUUUAUGCGCUCACCAGUGGACUCGCACCUCUUAUGCCUGCAAUUGAAGCUUCUCAAUUGAAGAAAAAGCCUCUUCCUCUCGAAAAGGUUUGCUUUUUUUUUUGUUUGUCACUUGGCAGUGGCUUCCUUUCACUAGUUCUGCUCGUAAAGAUAAUCUUCACCUCUAUCAUUGGGUACGAGUUGUCAAUGGUGUUCCUCCUACAGGGGACUACUCUUUUGCUAAGUAUAAUAAGUUUACUAGCUGUGGUGCAAUCCGUUGACGUAAUCAAAUACACAGAUGAGGAGUAUGACAAGUAUUUAACAGAUCCUGUGGGUAUCAUGUCUAACUGUACAAUUUUAUGGAAUUUUUUGAAUGGUUUGCUCAAGUUAUCAU